UGUUUUCAAUUGAUUUAAAGAAAUUAUAUAAUUUUCAAACAAAUGGACACACGUAGAAGGAGUAAACAUCAUACUUCUCCCAGAAGGAACAAGUUGCUUCGGUUAAAUUUGAUGAAGGAGGACAUCAAGCAAUUGAAGAGGGUAAAUAGAUGUGACAAGAACCUAGUUCACCCAGAUUCUAAAUUUAAGGCCAUCUGGGACCUCAUUGUUAUUAUCUUUUCUGUGUAUAAUUCAGUAUUGAUUCCCUAUGAAUUUGCUUACGAUCAUAAUUCCCAUAUCAUUCUUGAUAUUUGUGACAGGAUUAUCGAUACUGCUUUCAUUGUUGAUAUAUUCAUCAACUUCAGGACAAUGUACAGGAACUCUCACACUGAUGAACUUGUCAAGGAUGGCAAAUAAAAUCGCCAUCAACUAUAUCCUCUAUGGUAGGUUUGGAGUGGAUCUAGUGGCCUCAAUGCCACUGGAAGUGGUCGUGUUGAUAAUCCCUUCUAGCACUGUGGACCUCCGAUUUCUAGGAAUGCUAAAACUGGUCAGGUUAUUAAGGUUAGGAAGGCUCAUCACUCUUCUGAGGGCAAACCAAAAGCUUAAGUUCAGUCUGAAAUUCGGCCAAUUGAUAUUCUUUAUUCUUAUGAUAAUGCAUUGGAUAAACUGACUUUGGUACUUCGUUACUGAAUCUAAUAAGACAUGGUUUCCUCCAAAGGACCUGGACUAUCGAGUGACUAGUGCAUACACCACUGAUAGCUUGAGUGCCUAUAAUAUGUUCUACUAUUACGCAUGAAUCAUCCUCGUGGGGAGCGAGAUUUUACCCACCGAUAAUACUGAGCUACUGGUUAGUACUCUACUCCUUUUUCUUGGAACUAUUUUUAUUGGAAUGAUUAUCGGAGAGUUCGCUUCCCUAUUAUCAGCUUUAACUAAGAAAGAUCGAGAGAAAAGUGAGGAAGUCGAUAUUAUCAGCACAAUAAUGCUUAACUUACGGCUCCCUGAGAAGAUCCAGGACAGGAUCUUUGACUACUAUUAUGGUAUGAAUGAGUCCCAAUAUGUGCCAAAUUCUAUUACAGAGACUAUAAAGUAUUACCAAACAAGGCCUGGGAUUCGGAAACUUCUGUUUCUUGAUAGCAGAAAAUCUCACCAAUUGGAUGCGUUCUGUAAAGACUUAGAGCUAUGAUACUUCCUAUCUGGUGACAUCAUUCUCAAACAAGGCCUAGACAACGAGUAUGUUUACUUCAUUAUUGAGGGGUUCGUUGAGGUCAUACUUGAACACAACGAUUUUGAAUAUUUUGAUUUCAAGAAAGUGCAGCAGUAUAUUGCACAUAAAAAGAAACAGUGAUUGGAUGAUGAUAGUGACCACUCCUUUGAAGAGCCAGUGGUGGAGGAAAAGAUCACCAAUGUCUUCAUGGAAGCUCUGAGAAUAGCAAAGGAGAAAGCAGCUCAAGAGGCCAACAAUCAAUGACCUGAUGGAUCAGAUGCAGUAGUUGUGACUGAAAUACAGAAAACUGAAAAUAAUUUGAAAAUUUUAAAUCAGUCUGAAGAAGACUCUAUCGGUUGCUUGGUUCCAAACAAAUCCAAAACAGAACGGAACUUUAUAAACUCUAAUGAUGCCAAAAUAGUUCCUUCAAGCUUAGUAACAAAGAUGGAAAUGCAAGAUUCUAAGAGUACUGUCAAGAGUAGUGGACAUGAGUCAAGUUCUAAUUUAGUCGAUGAGCCUACCUUUCCUCACAAUAUGAGUCCAACCAAGAACACUAAAGUUGCGAAUGAAGUUCAUUUUGAGAAUCCUAUAAAAAGUAUUAUUAACAAAUAUGGAAGAAUUGACGAUUCCAAGAACUAUACAGUCCUUAAUGAGCUUGAGGCUGGUACUUAUUUCGGAGAGAUUUCUGCCCUGAACAAUCUCCCUAUCACUGCCUCUGUACAUACUGCAGGUGAUACCAUCUGAGCAAGAAUGCAUAAGUCUAAUUUUAUUAGGUUUCUCUAGAGAAUCAUGGGGAUAGCAACAGUAAGAUCAAAGAGCAGAUGUUUAAAUACCAAGAUCCUUUGUUUAGAACUUUACAUAAAAUGAUUGUAAAGGUGCCGAUUCUUAAAACCCUCAAGCACAGCUGUGUCAGGAGAAUCUUACUGAGACUUACAAGGAUCCAAGCCAAGGAAGAAAAGGCGCUCAUAAACUUGAAAGAAAUAUGUGAUAAGAUCUACUUCAUUUACUCUGGUGAGGUCCUUAUCAGUACUAUUGACCCGGAGACAGGAGCUAGGAUCCCUUUCGUGGUGCUCCGAGAGGGGUCCUGCUUCAAUUUCUUCACAUGAAUUCUAUCUAAUUAUUCACUUUUUGAAUUUUCAGCAUGCACUGAUUGUGUUUUACUGCAAUUAACGAGAGAGGAUUUUUAUGAUCUAUCAAAGACAAGCCCAGAAAUCAAAGAAAUCAUCGACCAGAUACACUCCAGCUACAUUGUUGUUGGUAUGAAAUAUGACUUUUAUCAGACUGUCGAGGAACCAAAGUCAGCUAGCAGGCCUGAUAGCUCAUCUAGGAAUCUCGAUAGCUCCUUUAUAUCAGCAAGUCCAAUUUCUUCAUCACGAGGGGAUGCGUUUAAAUAAAAGAAAGAGGGUUAACUUCAAAAGUAUGGCUCAGGGAAACUUUCUUAUUCCAAAUCCAAAGGGCUACUAUCUUCCACAGAAAAUCUUGAAUAAAAUCCAUGCUUUUCGAGGUGAACUGAUUUCCAGGCUCAAGAAGGCUGCCAAGACCUUUGCCAUUAUCGAUGCUACUUAUCAGGAGAUAAUAAAGGUUGAAGCUCUGAAGUGUAAUAACCAGCACAUUUUUAGCCAAUUUCAGAGUAGGAUCAGGGAAAUGCAAGAGGCAUUAGGAUCUAUGAAUGGCAAAACGCCAUACCAAUCUCUAUUCAAUGACAAAGAAGUCAGAGAGUCUAUGUCCACUUUUGGGAACCAACAUAAAGAUAUUUACAGCUACGAAGCAGAGGAGAUACUGCACAGCUCAGACUCAGAGGAAGAAAUUAAGGAACAAAAUAGAAAAAUGAGCAAGUAUUUGAAUAAAAAUAUUGAGAAAGUUAUCAACUGGCUUCAACCAAACAAGUCUCUUGGUCAAAGGAGGUUUACAAAUCCUCCUCUUGCCAAGUCCAUUAGUGAGACCCAACUUCGAGGAAAUAACCUCAAAAUUGCUAUUAAAAGGAAUAUGGGCAUUGCUAGUGAUGCUGACCUUACUUCGGGAAAUGCCACUCCUAAAGGAGAGAAGACUGAUACCAGUACAAUUUCGAAAUAUGAGAGAAUGUUAUACACAACUACAGAGAGGUACACUAAUGCACUUGAUACAGCAAGGAUCCAGAGCUUUAAUGAAUGCCUUACUAAGGCUAGGAAAUCCUUCAUGGACCUUGCUAAAAAUACCAAAGAAUACAACAAAUUAGUAAAUUCUGAUAUUCGAAGAAUCAGAGAAGAUAUAAAUGACUUGACGAAGGCAAGAAACCUACCUAAUAUUUGUAGUAUAGUGAAUCUGAAGCCAAAAAUGAGCUAAGUGAGAACCACAAGGAUCCUCCUUCAAGCUUCUUUGGUUGUGACUCCUCUGCUUAUCCAGAUAUUGGAAAGACAAGUAUUUACAAAUCAUUUAAAGAUGAUCAUAAUCUUGCAAGGCAAAAGACUUCAGCACAUAUCAGCAUUAUGAAGCAGUAUACUAAUGAUAGUCUUUAUGGAAUUUAUAAGGAUGAUAAACCAAGGCAAAAGUAUUUAUAAACCAUUAAAGCCUUCUC